AUCUUUAAAAAGUAAAUUGUUAUUUAAGACGAAACUAUUCACUCAUACUACACCGGUACGCAACAACAACAACAACAAAAUAUGUCAAGCCCAAAAUCUGUUAACAUACAUCAUGGAAUAGACUCCAAAUCAUUUGAUCAGUUGUAUUCAAAGAGGGAACCUGUUGUAUUACGAGGACUUGAUAUUGGGUCUUGUCGAGAAAAAUGGACACCAGAAUAUCUUGCAGAGAAAGGAGGGACUAGAGAGGUGAAAAUACAUGUCUCCAAGACAGCUCAAAUGGAUUUUAUUAACAAAAAUUUCAUGUAUAGGUCUUUACCAUUCAGUGAACUGGUAAAAAGGGCUUCAAAGGCAAAACAGGAAGAGCUCUUCAUCGAGGAGACAGAAAAAUAUUACCUGCGAGCACUGGGAGAUGAUCCGAGAAAAGACAUCGCUGACAUCAGAGUACAGUUUCCUGCCCUUGCAGAAGAUAUAUUGUUUCCAGAGUUUUAUCCGAAGGAGAAAUUUUUCUCAAGUGUAUUCAGAAUUGCCUCCCCUGGAUUACAGCUAUGGACACACUAUGAUGUUAUGGACAACUUCUUGAUACAAGUUCAAGGGAGAAAGCGGGUGGUUCUCUUCAGUCCAAGAUCUGUGAAUUAUCUUUACAUGAAUGGUGACAAGUCAGAAGUUUUGGACAUUGAUAAUGUUGAUAAGAAAAGGUAUCCAUUGUUCAGCAAAGCUGAGAGAUUUGAAGUGUUUCUUGAACAUGGAGAUGUUCUUUUUAUACCAGCUCUAUGGUUUCAUAAUGUGAUAUCGCUGGAGUUUGGAGUGGCAGUGAAUGUUUUCUGGAAACAUUUAGAAAAUGCCGUGUAUGAUAAUAAAGACACAUACGGCAAUAAAGACCCUUUACCAGCCAGCCGAGCUUUCCAGAUUAUAGACCGGGCGGUUAAAACACUGGAUGAACUGCCAGAACCAUACAGAGAGUUUUACGCAAGACGUUUAAUAGACAGAAUAGAGAAGAAAGCAGUUAAAAAUUUUCCAACUUGAUCUGUGUCAGAGAUAAUGUUAAAAUGUGUAGACAAGUCUGGGGCAAAGAGGAAUGAAUUGUUUCUAUAUUGUUAUAUAUAGAAACAUACAAUGCUGUAUUCAGAAUACAGAUUAUCUUGUGACCUUCAAGAAAACCUACAGCACCGCAAAUUAAUUAAUAUGGUAGACAAUUGUGAUUAAACCCACAAUGCAAGUAGAGUACUUACAAUUAUAGCUGGUUUAAUUGAAAAAUAGCUUGACCACCUGUUUAACUCAAUAGGAAUAGCGCUGAUCUAUGUAUCUGGGGUCAAUAGUUUGACCCCCUGGCAAGGCGUUUGUUCUUGAUAACAUUUUGAUAAUUGACAUUGUGUCUGAAAUCAUUCAUUCUCCACCUCUGAUUCAUGUGGAAAAAUUGGCAUUUACUUGCAGAGAACAUGUUGGUAAUCAGUAUCUAAUAUCUCUUUAAACGAGAUUUGCUUGUUACUUCAUAUCAAGUGUUUCUGAAUUCUACUAUUCAAAUUCAUUGCUAUAUGUCUGAAUAUGUUUUCAUAUUUAAACUCUAAUUGUACUUUACAAAAGCUUUUUUUUUUUUUGUUUAUUGAAAUGUGUCAUCUUUUCAUGUAUUAUAUAUAAUACUGUAUUAACUGGUAAAUAAUUGUGCUAUGAAUAAACAUGUAAUUUUAUGUUAUAAGGAGAGGACAACUGUAAGCUAACAUAGCUUUCUGUCCAAUUCCUAAAAUACUGUAUUGUAAAUGUUUCAUGCUUUUCGGAAUAAAAAUAUGUUAAAACCAACUUUCCCAUUUUCCCAUAGGAAUGCAAUCUUUUCCCAUGGGAAUGAAUUUCCCAUGGGAAGACCAUGUAAUAAAUUUUUCCAUGGAAGUGAAUUUCCCAUGGGAAAUAUAUUUGUUUCUUAAAAUGAUAAAUCAUUAUAUCUAUUAAACUUAUUCUACACCAGGCAUAUUAUAACAUGACUUGAAAAGUUAUUUGUCAUUUUAUUUUUAUGCCCCCGGCAUCUACUGAUGCGGGAGGCAUAUAGUGAUCGUCCUGUCCGUCCGUUCGUCUGUCCGUUCGUACGAGGUUAUCCAAAUGGGACCGUUUCGUCUAGCAUCAAUACCCUUUACUAGAAUGACUUGAUACUAAUGCAGAUAUAACCUGUGACCAUUCCUCAUCUUCAGACAUCACCUGACCUCAGUUUGACUUUGACCUUGACCUCAUUUUGGACUUAGGUUGGUUUAUAUGGGCCAUCUCUUGGUUAACCAAAUGGGACCGUUUCGUCUAGCAUCAAUACCCCUUACUAGAAUGACUUGAUACUAAUGCAGAUGUAACCUCUGGCCAUUCUUGAUCUUCAGACAUCACCUGACCUCAGUUUGACCUUGAACUUGACCGCAUUUUGGACUAAAGUUGCUGUGUAUUGACAAGGAUGCCACCGGGGGCAUUAAAGCGUUUUUGAACGCAGCUUCUUGUUUUUAUAAAAUUUCCCAUACUUUCUGUUUUCCGUUUUGUUUAGAUCAAAGAAGGCUUUAAAUAGAGACAUUGUAGAUUGUUCUUUAUAAAAGAAAAUUUACCGAGAACUCAUAAUAACUGUGUUCGUCAUAUUGAAAGUUAACUGUAUACAUUAAUUUCCCUAGCGUGCAAUCACAAUUGCGAAGCACGAGAUCACAAUGGCCAAGUGCAAAUUUUUUGUAGUUUUGCGCUUUGCCAUUGUAAUCUCGCGCUUCAUAAUCAUAAUUUUGCGUUUUGUGUUUUUCCAACAUUCGCAAUGGAUAAGUCAAGUGUUGGAGCAUGAUGAUGAAACACAAUAAGAUUAUGAUCACAAGCGCAAAAUCGCGAAAUUUUCUUUAAAAUUGUUCAUCAUGGUCUCGCGCUUCACUGCUGUUAUUUGGCUCUUCACGCUUCGCUAACAUGCGCAGGUGAUGCACUAUUUUGCCGUCAUUGCCUCGCGUGUCGCAUUAUCCCAAGAGAAAGCAGUGCAUGACUCUCAAAGCGCAAAAUCACACUGGCUUAGCACGAAAUCACGAUAGCUACGCGUGAAAAUGUGAAAUUUCGUACUGUGCCAUCAUGAUCUCGCCCUUCACCAUCGUCAUUUCGCGUUUCACGCUUUUCAGUCAUGGGCAUGCGACACGUGAAGCGCGGGAUCACGAUAGCAAAGCUUGAGUUGUGGUCAAAUUCUAUUAACAAUUAUGGUAGAUGUACUUAUAGACAUAUCCUUUAAAUGAAAUAUCUAAUCGUAUUCUAAAAUUCAUUAUUGUUAGUCUAUAUUUCGUUAUUCUUCUGUUGAUAUUGUUAUUCAAUGUCGUGCAAUUUAUAUUCUAAGUCUUACCAUUGUUAUUGUAUAUGUUGUUAUUCUUAUUGUAUGUUCGAUAUUCUUAUAGUUAAAGUCAUUACCACCAAAUUAUAACACCUUUCCCUGUCAUGUAAUUAACCGCGUUCUUUUGAUUCUGAGUAAAAAGAUUAACAAAAUAUCUCUUUUUGGAUUUUUUUCUUUUAUUUAAAAAUCAAAAGUAAAAAAUAAUCAUUCAAGCUUUUUAAUACACUAAGAAUUAGUAUAAACAAUGUUUGGAAUGGAGGACGGAUCUGUCCGGAUUUUAUCCAACCCGGAGUACAUGUCAAUGGCGUCCAGUAAAACGAAAGUAGAAACAAACGUAAUUCAGACUGCAAAAACAUCUUUGAAUUAAAGUCAUUCGUAAUUUUAAUAGUCUGUAUGGGUUAUUUACGAUAUAUUUUAUUGAAAGUAACCGCUAUUGGUUGAAAAGCCGCCGAUAUUGAUAUUUUUUAUCCAUUUUGUUCGUUCGUAACAGAUGCACGUAAUUUUGCGAGAGCUACGGUCAGAAAAUUGGCCCGAAAAAAAACUGCUGGCAAUGUUCUGUCGUAUAGGUCGCAGGAACUUUUUCAGGCAGCAAAAUGGGUAGAAAAAGUGCGACCUAUACACACUAAAAUACGGUAUUGUUAUUCUAUAUUUCUUUUUUCUUAUUGUAUCUUAGAUAUUAUUGUUCAAUGUCGUGUCAUUCAUAUUCUAAGUAAUACCAUUGUUAUUGUAUAUGUCGUUAUUCUUAUUGAAUCUUCGUUAUUCUUAUGGUAAAAGUCAUCAUUGUUGUUGUAUAUCUGAUGAUUCUAUUUACAAAACGUGUCAUUCGUAUUAUUUAUAUUUCGUGUGCUAUUUAUAUCGCGGGAAAUCUCAUAUACACUAAGAAUAACAAUAAUGAAUAUACAGUAAUAACAAGAUUUAGCUUACCAAAAGGUU